CUUGAGCUGGGCUCCUUUGCCACUGAAAGGGAGAUCUGAGACUCCUUCUGGGGCCUGUGUCUGGGUGAAUCCAGAGCAAGCAUCCCUGGGGGUGAGCAGGGGCCAGGCCCACUCAGAUGUCGGUGAUGGGCUGGUUGGGGCCCUUUUAUUCAGCAAGCAUUCAGGAAGCCCUAGUAGGUGGAGGCGAUUAUCUAGGAGCUGAAUGGGAUCCCUGCACAGAACAGACAGCACCCCAGGGCUGCAGGCUAGUCGAGGGUCAGGCGGUGAGAGCCAACAUCCACAGACAUCUCAUGCGAUGCCCCCUGGCCUCCUCUAGAUUCGGAUGCUAUUACUCCACGUAUGAAGAGGUCAAGAGAUCCCAGGAGCAGCGCGACAUGGCCAUCUAUGCCAUCCUUAACACCUGGGUGGAAAAGUAUCCAGGGGAUUUUGUGCAGCCUCCGGAGUUUCCCAGCUUGCAUACGCUGCUGGCCUACCUGCAGGUCUAUGUGCCUGGCUCGGACCUGCAGCGCCGUGCCCAGCUUCUGCUUCCAGAAAGUCAACGCCCUCCCAGAAAGGCCACGGAGCCAGAGGCUGGGGCACCGGCCCCAGAGCAAGAUCAGGAUGUGUCUCAGGAAGUUGUUCCAGCAGCCACUCUGGCACCCGCUGCACCUCUGGGGCCUGAGCUGGUCCCCACCAUCCCUGCUGGGUCUGGAAGACCAGUGACCCCCCCUGACCCGUUGGGACCAGGGCAGAUGGUCGUCAGGGCCCUCGUUCACUUCUCUGCCACGGAAGAGCCACCUGGCAUUUUGCCUUUACUGGAUGACCAGCAGGAUCCUGCCCCCGAGCUGCUGCCCCCUGCCUCCGUGGAGCAAGCAGGCUCGGCCCCCGAACUGUCGCCCCCUGCCUCUGUGGAGCAAGCAGGCUCGGCCCCCGAGCUGCCGCCCCCUGCCUCCUUGGAGCAAGCAGGCUCGGCCCCCGAGCUGCCGCCCCCUGCCUCCAAGGAGCAAGCAGGCUGGGCCCCCCAGCUGCCGCCCCCUGCCUACGUGGAGCAAACAGGCUCGGCCCCCGAGCUGCCGCCCCCUGUCUCCGUGGAGCAAGCAGGCUCGGCCCCCGAGCUGCCGCCCCCUGCCUCCUUGGAGCAAGCAGGCUCGGCCCCCGAGCUGCCGCCCCCUGCCUCCUUGGAGCAAGCAGGCUCGGCCCCCGAGCUGCCGCCCCCUGCCUACCUGGAGCAAACAGGCUGGGCCCCCGAGCUGCCGCCCCCUGUCUCCGUGGAGCAAGCAGGCUAGGCCCCCGAGCAGCAGCUCGUGCUGGUUGGACCCCCAGAGCAUAUCUCCCCCUCCCCCGUCAUU